UGACAUUUUCUCUCGUAUGACCUGUCGCUUUCAUUUGAAACGCGCGCAAUACACGAGGGGAUGGGAUUCACCUCCCAGUGGCUGAACGCCGCCCGAUAAGCGAACGCUUUUUUUCUGAAAAUAAAAUAACUGAAAAUGUUAUUUUAAAAAAUGGCAAAUUCGACUGUUAAUUGACUCGUGGUAAUUACGAUGUGAUAAUUAAUUAGAAGAAUCUCUUUUAGGGAUUAUUUACUUGAGUUUUUGAGGAUUGUCUUGGCACUGGGCAACCGUUCAUCUACUGGUCGAUUCUCCAGGGGGUGGAAGGGCUGGAGGAGAUGUACGUCAUGGGUGCAGCUGUACUGAGUACCAGUUGUGCGAUUGCUGUUGGCUGGAUUGGUCGGUUAACAAUUGCAGUUGUUCAAUCGACCCGGUGUUACCACAAAAUCUCUUCACUGCGGAUCAUCAGCUGAUCCUCUGAUCCUCUGCUAUUUAACAAAUUAUUUAACAAAUAAUUACCAAGUGACAUUGAGUGAGUGUUGAUGGAGCUCUCCUCCAGGAGCUGGGGUCAGUGCACUUCCCGAAGUACCAGGACAAUUUGAAGAUUUUUCAUGAUGAGUUUAAUAUGGAUCCGGAUGGACUCGCAGGAUUGACACCUGGAGACUGCAAUUGAUAAUAUGUUCGUCCCCACCGUAGGUAGACAGGACGAAAUAAGUGGAGAUUUUCUGGAUUUUAAAUUUAUGACUGCAGUAAUCGGAUAAUUGAGUAAUUAAUACAAUUCAAAGUGAAAAUGAUUACUGGGAAUUAUUUCCGUUUGCUCCUGGGAGUGCUUGCUGCCCUAUUCUUCAUUCAGACUGUCUGGGCAUUGGAGGAGAAUUGCACAGAUUUUCAAGGAGGAACUGUUACCCAUGGACUUCUUUAUGUUCCUGGGCCAGCGGUUUGCAGUCUCUGCGUUUGUUAUCACUCAGAGCCGAUGUGGUGCAAAGCUAUUUACUGCUCGCCUCCAUACAAAUGCAAACGAUUCAGAGUGGGCGAGCGUUGCUGUGAGUUCCAAUGCCUGAACAGUACAGCACCAGAUCUGGGACUGCCUGAGUUCAGGAUAAACAGCUCGUCGACUCAUAAUCACUCGAGAAAUCCACUGGUGAAUGUCCUGAGUGUUGUGACGAGUCUUCUCCUGGCUGAUAUGAUAAGUGACUAGCAUGAUGGAGUGUCAGUGAAUAAUUUUAUCGGUUGAGGCGAUGCACAAUGAAUUUUAUUAAUAAAAAGUACCAGGGAGCGAGGAAAUAUUCAAGUGAACUGAGAACUCGAUAAUUGAGAGAAUGCAGACGUCAUCGAUAAAUCGAGGAGAUACUCGAUGGCUUCUUGCACUGUCUACCCUUUACCUGGGGCCUCUUGUCGUGCCCCAAUUGUCAGAUCGAGUGAUACGCCAUCACUUGCACCACCAUUUAUCGAGUAUUUCCCAUAAUCGAUCUCAUGGAUACGUAUAUUCCGAUAUUUUAUUGCUUCAUUCAUUUUCUUAUUGCAAUAAUGAUCAAUUGCUUUUUUAUCACUCUUACAUAUCCAGAAAAAUAAAUUCGGUGGAAUUUAUUCAUUCAUUUUUUACUGGAACGCGAUUCUUGAUGAUACGUAGACUCGAUUUAUUCCGAUUUAUAAAUUUCCAAGUGAAUAUUAACGAAAAUAUCUGUAAGAUUAGGAUUUUGUUAGUGAAGAUUUGCUGGAGAAAAAAAAAUCAUGUCGUAUUUUCCUUGGAACUCAUUUUCUCGGGAGAUAUUCGCUGAUUAAUUAUUUUUCUGGAUUCAAAUUGAAAAAUUGUAGUGCUGACACGUAUUGAUGCUUUGAAUUUAUUCUAAACUACUAGAGAGAAGCCUGAGGGCCACUGCAAGCCCAAAACGUAAAGAUAUAACGAAUAAUCAAAUUUUAUCUUUGAUAAUGUUUGAUGAAUUUUUCCUUCUUCGAUUAAUGCUUGAAUUUUCAUAAUAUUAAUGUUUUAUUUAUCAAAUUAUCAACAUUUUUACAUGCGAACUCAAGUCUUUCACACCUAAUGUUAUAGUUCAUCAGUGCCUAUGCGAAUAUAAAUAAAUAUAUUAAUUUUAAACUCAUAUCGUAGUUAGGGAGCUGGUACUCCUUGAUUAAGGCAAAUGAAAUGAUAAGUUUUAUCAAUGCGUGCGUUUCAAUGUACGAUAGAAUUUAAUAUCAUAGAGUAUAUCAUAAUUAUAUAAAAAUGCUAUUAUGUAUUCCAAAAUAGAUUUUUUAUUACGUUAUUCAAUCGAGAAUUAAUAAAGAUGUUUUAAAUUUAUUAAGAA